AUGUUGUUCAUCUCCACCCUCCCUUUUGAUACCGGUGAUCCAUCUCAGGCCCCUGUAUGGUUCCACGAAAGUCCACACCUGCCCUAUGGCUGGGAAGCCAGCAAUGACCGAGGCGCCGGGUCAUUAAAGCAUGCGGCCAUGCGAGCCACGUUACAAGACCAGUCGCUCCUGAAACCAGACAUGUUCGAUCACGUCCCAUGGCUGCUGGCCAAGUACUUAUGGGAUUCCCUUGGUAAAUGUAACAAACGGACAUCACAUAUGUGGAGAAUCUUAGCAACCAAAUAUCCGCAGCACUUCUGCCAAGUCUCCUCGGGGUGCCGUCUUCACAUACGUCGUCCCCUACAGAGGAUGGCAGACUACACCGACCUGAUUAAGAGCAAUGCAUACUGCUGGAGAGCCAUUCUCACCAUAGAAACCAUGUGCGCCAGCCAGACAUCAGACCUGCUAAACCUUGCCUCCAUCAAGAAUCUGGUCGCCCUGGAGAUCAACAAUGAAAGAGGAUCUCUAUCCGAUGAAUCCGGAAACAAGAGGGUUUUGCCUGAGAUAACCGUCGGUCUCGUGCGCGGCUGGAUAGAGCUGGCGCAGUCUUCGGGGGCAUGGCAGCAUCUCCGCUUUUUGCGGAUUCGAGGUCACCAAGAACUACCGCCCUCUACGUUGCGCCCUCUACUCGAAUUACCACAGCUACAGAAGGUGGUGGUGUACGACUCUGAAAAUAUCUCUCGAGAAAUCCACCAACGACGCAAAGAAAAGCAGCAAGGGUCUGUGAACAUCGAAGGCUGGGAGGUUCAAAGGCUAGACUGGCUGUGGAGGGAUCAUGGAGAAGACGUGGCCCUGGCUAACCUGCGCCCUCUGGUAGACAUGUAUAAAGCCAGCCUGCAGAAAACGGACACCCCUGCUGGUCUACUGGAUGUUCCUAUACUGGAAUAUCAACUUAGCGAUGAUUUGUAUAGUGACCCACAUGGGGUGGCGUAUCGGGCACGAUACAAGGCCAAGCAAAUUGCAGUCCUCACGCGGCCUUCUGUGGAUUCAAAAGGCAAGACGAAAAACAAAAGGGCAACACCCAGGCAACCUCCGUCUCAGCCACAGGCUAAGCGGGUGGUGAUGAAGGAUCGGGGAGGAGACCUGGCGGGCAUGUUGGGCGAGAUGGGUUGA